AUGACUGCGUGGAGGAAAUUCAAGUCUCUGCUGGUUUUCUGCGCGGGGCUCCUCACUGCAGCUCAGGGUCAGAACUGUGGAGGUUUAGUACAGGGACCGAAUGGUACUAUAGAAAGCCCUGGAUUUCCUCAUGGUUAUCCAAAUUACGCCAACUGCACAUGGAUCAUUAUCACAGGAGAGCGUAAUAGGAUACAAUUGUCAUUUCAUACUUUUGCCCUCGAAGAAGAUUUUGAUAUAUUGUCAAUUUAUGAUGGACAACCACAGCAAGGCAAUUUAAAAGUGAGGUUAUCUGGAUUUCAGCUGCCAUCGUCUAUUGUGAGCACAGGAUCUAUCCUCACCCUCUGUUUCACCACAGACUUUGCUGUCAGUGCACAAGGUUUCAAAGCUAUCUAUGAAGUAUUACCUAGUCAUACGUGUGGCAAUCCAGGAGAAAUACCUAAAGGAGUACUUCAUGGAACAAGAUUCAACAUUGGAGAUAAAAUCCGAUAUAGCUGUAUCUCUGGUUACAUCCUAGAAGGCCAUGCCAUGUUGACGUGUAUUGUGAGUCCUGGAAAUGGAGCAUCAUGGGAUUUUCCAGUUCCUUUUUGCAGAGCUGAAGGAGCUUGUGGAGGGACACUACGUGGGACAAGUGGAACUAUUUCAAGUCCUCACUUUCCUUCAGAGUAUGAAAAUAAUGCUGAUUGUACCUGGACCAUAUUGGCUGAACCAGGAGAUACCAUUGCUUUGGUCUUUACUGACUUCCAGUUAGAGGAAGGAUAUGACUUCUUAGAGAUCAGUGGAACAGAAGCACCAUCUAUAUGGCUGACUGGUAUGAACCUACCUUCUCCUGUUAUCAGCAGUAAGAACUGGUUACGGCUCCAUUUUACAUCUGACAGCAACCACCGAAGAAAGGGAUUUAAUGCUCAGUUCCAAGUGAAAAAAGCAAUUGAACUGAAAUCAAGAGGAGUCAAGAUGUUGCCCAGCAAAGACAGUAACCACAAAAAUUCUGUCUUGACCCAAGGUGGGGAUGCAGUUGCAUCUGAUACAUGCCCUGAUCCUGGAAUUCCUGAAAAUGGGAAAAGGGUGGGCUCUGACUUCAGGGUGGGUGCAAGUGUACAGUUUUCCUGUGAAGAUAAUUAUGUGCUGCAAGGUUCUAAGAGCAUUACUUGCCAGAGAGUGACAGAUACACUGGCUGCCUGGAGUGACCACAGGCCAAUUUGCCGAGCUAGAACAUGUGGUUCUAAUUUACGUGGACCAAGUGGGAUUAUUACAUCACCAAAUUAUCCAGUUCAAUAUGAAGACAACGCACAGUGUGUGUGGGUCAUUACAACGACUGAUCCAGAAAAGGUCAUAAAGCUUGCUUUUGAAGAGUUUGAACUGGAAAGAGGAUAUGAUACCCUCACUGUUGGAGAUGCUGGGAAAGUUGGUGAUACAAGGACAGUGUUGUAUGUCCUCACUGGAUCUAGUGUUCCUGAUCUUAUUGUAAGCAUGAGCAACCAGAUGUGGCUUCAUUUACAAUCUGAUGACAGCAUUGGCUCACCAGGAUUCAAAGCUGUUUAUCAAGAAAUUGAGAAAGGAGGUUGCGGAGACCCUGGAAUUCCAUCAUAUGGGAAAAGGACUGGCAGUAGUUUUCUGCAUGGAGACACACUUACCUUUGAAUGUCAAGCAGCUUUUGAACUGGUGGGAGAGAGAACAAUUACAUGUCAACAAAACAACCAGUGGUCUGGCAACAAACCCAGCUGUGUUUUCUCGUGUUUCUUCAACUUUACCACACCGUCUGGAAUUAUUCUUUCACCAAAUUAUCCUGAGGAGUAUGGGAACAAUAUGAACUGUGUUUGGCUGAUUAUCUCAGAGCCAGGAAGCAGAAUCCAUCUGAUUUUCAAUGACUUUGAUGUGGAACCUCAAUUUGACUACCUUACUGUGAAAGAUGAUGGGAUUUCAGAUUUACCACCUCUUGGCACUUUUUCUGGAAACGAAGUACCUUCUCAGUUGGCUAGCAGUGGGCACAUAGUAAGACUUGAAUUUCAGUCAGAUCACUCUACAACUGGAAGAGGAUUUAAUAUCACUUACACAACAUUUGGUCAGAAUGAGUGCCAUGAUCCAGGUAUUCCUAUAAAUGGGAGGCGUUUUGGAGACAGGUUCCUUCUGGGAAGUUCUGUUUCUUUUCAUUGUGAUGAUGGCUUUGUGAAGACCCAAGGCUCUGAAUCCAUAACAUGCAUUAUGCAGGAUGGAAAUGUAGUAUGGAGCUCUGCUGUCCCACGUUGUGAAGCACCAUGUGGUGGACAUUUGACAGCAUCUAGUGGUGUUAUAUUGCCGCCGGGGUGGCCAGGAUAUUAUAAGGAUUCACUUAAUUGCGAAUGGGUGAUUGAAGCAAGACCAGGACAUUCCAUUAAGAUCACUUUCGACAGAUUUCAGACUGAAGUUAAUUAUGAUACAUUGGAAGUCAGAGACGGGCCAGCUAAUUCAUCACCAUUAAUUGGAGAAUACCAUGGAACACAAGCACCCCAGUUCCUUAUUAGUACCGGCAAUUAUAUGUAUCUGCUGUUCACUACGGACAACAGUCGUUCCAGUGUUGGCUUUCUAAUUCACUAUGAGAGUGUUACUCUGGAAUCAGAUUCCUGCCUUGACCCAGGGAUUCCUGUGAAUGGCCAUCGCCGUGGUAACAACUUUAAUAUCCGCUCUACAGUAACUUUUAGCUGUGAUCCAGGAUAUACCCUGAGUGAUGAAGAACCACUCAUAUGUGAACGAAACCAUCAGUGGAAUCAUGCAUUACCCAGCUGUGACGCAUUAUGUGGCGGAUACAUUCAUGGGAAGAGUGGAACUAUUCUUUCUCCAGGUUUUCCUGAUUUUUAUCCAAACUCUUUAAACUGCACUUGGACUAUUGAAGUGUCACAUGGCAAGGGUGUACAUUUGGUUUUUCAUACCUUUCAUCUUGAGAGCUCCCAUGACUACUUGCUCAUAACUGAAGAUGGCAGCUUCACAGAACCAGUAGCCAGGUUAACUGGCUCAGUCUUACCCCCUACUAUUAAAGCUGGCCUCUUUGGAAAUUUUACUGCACAGCUUCGAUUUAUAUCUGAUUUUUCAAUUUCUUAUGAAGGCUUCAACAUUACGUUUUCAGAAUAUGAUCUGGAACCAUGUGAUGAUCCUGGUGUUCCUGCCUUCAGCAGGCGAAUUGGCUUUCAGUUUGGUGUUGGAGAUUCCUUGAUCUUUUCUUGUUUCCCUGGAUAUCGCUUGGAAGGUGCUAAUAAACUUACCUGCCUGGGUGGUGGUCGGCGUGUAUGGAGUGCACCUCUGCCAAGGUGUGUGGCUGAAUGUGGAGCAACUGUCUCUGGAAAUGAAGGAACGUUGUUGUCUCCAAAUUUUCCAUCUAAUUAUGACAACAACCAUGAAUGUAUCUAUAAAAUUGAAACAGAGGCUGGAAAAGGGAUCCAUCUUAGAGCCAGGAGUUUUCAGCUGCGUGAGGGAGAUAUUGUUAAGGUGUAUGAUGGAAAAGACAGUUCUUCCCGCUCACUGGGAGCCUUCACCAAAAAUGACAUGAUGGGAGUUAUCCUAAACAGCACAUCUAAUCAUUUGUGGAUAGAGUUUAAUACCAAUGGAUCUGAUACUGACCAAGGAUUUCAGCUCACUUAUACAAGUUUUGACCUAGUGAAGUGUGAAGAUCCUGGCAUACCAAAUUAUGGUUACAAGAUCCGAGAUGAAGGACAUUUCAUAGACACUGUCAUUUUAUAUAGCUGUAAUCCUGGCUAUACAAUGCAUGGAAGUGGUCUUAUGACCUGCUUAAGUGGAGAUCGGAGAGUCUGGGACAAACCUUUGCCUGCUUGCAUAGCUGAGUGUGGUGGACGAAUUCAUGCUGCCACAUCAGGGCGCAUUUUGUCCCCAGGUUACCCAGCACCGUAUGACAAUAAUCUUCAUUGCACUUGGAUUAUUGAAGCAGAUCCAGGAAAGACAAUAAGCCUGCAUUUUAUCGUUUUUGACACUGAGGUUGCUCAUGAUAUCUUGAAGGUGUGGGAUGGGCCCAUUGAAAGCAGCAUAUUGCUUAAAGAAUGGAGUGGCUCAGCCCUUCCAGAGGAUAUUCACAGCACUUUCAACUCAUUGACAUUACAGUUUGACAGUGACUUCUUCAUCAGCAAAUCAGGCUUCUCCAUUCAGUUUUCAACUUCUAUUGCAUCAACCUGUAAUGAUCCUGGGACACCACAAAAUGGCACUAGAUACGGAGACAGCAGGGAGCCUGGGGAUACAACCACCUUUCAAUGUGACCCUGGCUAUCAACUUCAAGGACAAGCUAAAAUUACAUGUGUACAACUGAAUAACCGAUUCUUCUGGCAACCGGAUCCUCCUACAUGCAUAGCUGCAUGUGGAGGAAACCUGACAGGCCCAGCAGGAGUUAUUUUAUCACCUAACUAUCCACAGGCAUAUCCUCCUGGGAAAGAAUGUGACUGGAGAAUAAAAGUAAACCCCGACUUUGUCAUUGCCUUGAUAUUCAAAAGUUUCAAUAUGGAACCCAGUUAUGAUUUUCUACAUAUUUAUGAAGGGGAAGAUUCCAACAGUCCUCUAAUUGGCAGUUUUCAAGGCUCACAGGCUCCUGAAAGAAUAGAGAGCAGUGGUAACAGUCUGUUUCUGGCUUUUCGCAGUGAUGCUUCUGUUGGAAUGUCAGGAUUUGCUAUUGACUAUAAAGAAAAGCCACGGGAAGCUUGUUUUGAUCCUGGAAACAUCAUGAAUGGGACAAGAAUUGGAACAGACUUUAAGCUUGGUUCAACUAUUACUUACCAGUGUGACUCUGGAUAUAAAAUUAUUGAUCCUUCAACUAUAACAUGUGUAAUUGGUGCAGAUGGAAAGCCAUCAUGGAACAGAGCAUUGCCGUCUUGUAAUGCACCAUGUGGAGGACAGUAUACUGGAUCAGAGGGAGUGGUUUUAUCACCAAGCUAUCCUCAUAAUUACACUGCUGGACAGACGUGCCAUUAUUCAAUAACUGUACCUAAAGAAUUUGUUGUGUUUGGACAAUUUGCCUAUUUCCAGACAGCUUUGAAUGAUGUGGCAGAAUUAUUUGAUGGAGAAAACUCUCAGGCUAGACUUCUUAGUUCACUGUCUGGAUCCCACUCAGGAGAGACAUUGCCUUUGGCUACAUCUAAUCAAAUUCUUCUACGAUUCAGUGCUAAGAGUGGGGCAUCAGCCAGGGGGUUCCAUUUUGUUUAUCAAGCUGUUCCACGCACAAGUGAUACACAGUGUAGCUCAGUUCCAGAGCCUAGGUAUGGAAGGAGAAUUGGCUCUGAGUUUUCAGCAGGCUCUGUUGUUCGAUUCGAAUGUAGUCCUGGCUAUCUGCUGCAAGGCUCAAAAGCUAUCCGAUGUCAUUCUGUACCUAAUGCCUUAGCUCAGUGGAAUGACACGGUACCAAGCUGUGUAGUUCCAUGUAGUGGGAAUUUUACUGAGCGGAGAGGUACUAUUCUAUCACCAGGUUACCCUGAACCUUAUGGUAACAGCUUGAAUUGUGUGUGGAAAAUCAUAGUGACUGAGGGAUCAGGUAUUCAGAUCCAAGUCAUCAGCUUUGCCACUGAACAUAACUGGGACUCUCUUGAAAUAUAUGAUGGUGGAGAUAUGACAGCACCACGUCUUGGGAGCUUUUCAGGUACAACUGUGCCAGCGUUGUUGAAUAGCACUUCCAAUCAGCUUUACCUACAUUUCCACUCUGAUAUUAGCGUGGCAGCAGCUGGUUUUCACCUGGAAUACAAAACUGUAGGCCUUGCUGCCUGUCCAGAACCAGUAAUUCCUAGCAAUGGGAUCAAAUCAGGAGAUAGAUACAUGGUGAAUGAUGUUUUGUCAUUUCAGUGUGAGCCAGGAUAUACAUUACAGGGCCGUUCUCAUAUUUCUUGUAUGCCAGGAACAGUUCGACGUUGGAACUAUCCAUCUCCUCUCUGCAUUGCUAAAUGUGGUGGAACUCUGACGAACAUGGGUGGUGUGAUCCUGAGCCCUGGUUUUCCUGGAAAUUACCCUAGUAACUUGGACUGUACGUGGAAAAUCUCAUUGCCUAUUGGAUAUGGUGCACAUAUUCAGUUUCUAAACUUCUCUACUGAAGCAAAUCAUGAUUUCCUUGAAAUUCAGAAUGGCCCUUACCACACCAGCUCUAUGAUUGGCCAGUUUAGUGGAACGGACCUCCCGUCACCUUUACUAAGUACUACUCAUGAAACACUUGUCCAUUUUUACAGUGAUCACUCAGAAAACAGGCAAGGAUUUAAGUUGACAUACCAAGCUUAUGAGUUACAGAACUGCCCUGAUCCUCCUCCUUUUUUGAAUGGAUAUAUAGUCAACUCGGAUUACAGUGUGGGUCAGUCGGUAUCAUUUGAAUGCUAUCCUGGAUAUGUUUUGAGGGGUCAGCCUGUUCUCACAUGCCAACAUGGAAUCAACAGAAAUUGGAACUAUCAUUUCCCUAGAUGUGAAGCUCCUUGUGGCUAUAAUGUAACUGCUCAGAAUGGUACAGUUUAUUCCCCAGGAUUUCCAGAUGAAUACCCAAAUUCCAAGGACUGUACUUGGUUAAUUGUUGUACCUCCAGGCCAUGGAAUUUACAUCAACUUUACCUUACUCCAAACUGAACCUGUGAAUGACUACAUUGCUGUUUGGGAUGGUCCUGACCAUAAUUCACCUCAGCUGGGAGUGUUCAGUGGGAACACAGCUCUGGAAACAGCUUACAGUUCCACCAAUCAAGUCCUCCUCAAAUUUCACAGUGAUUUUUCAACAGGAGGAUUCUUUGUUCUCAAUUUUCAUGCAUAUCAGCUGAAGAAGUGCCAGCCUCCACCAAUAGUUCCACAUGCAGAUUUGUUUACAGAAGAUGAUGACUUUGAAAUAGGAGAUUUUGCCAAGUACAAGUGCCAUCCUGGUUUCACCCUUGUUGGACAAGAUAUAUUAACCUGCAAACUGAAUACACAGUUGCAAUUUGAAGGAUCUUCUCCAUUUUGUGAAGCACAAUGUCCAGCGAAUGAAAUCCGUACAGAAUCGUCAGGAGUGAUCCUCAGUCCAGGCUACCCAGGCACAUAUCCCAACUCUCAGACUUGUUCUUGGACUAUAAAGGUUGAUACAGGAUAUAACAUCUCCAUCUUUGUAGAAAUGUUUCAAAGUGAAAAGCAGUUUGAUGAGCUGGAGGUAUUUGAUGGUUCUUCAGGGCAAAGCCCUUUAUUGGUUGCUUUAAGUGGAAAUCAUACUGGACAAAUGAACUUUACAAGCAAAAUGAAUCAGCUGUAUCUUCGCUGGUCAACUGAUCAUGCAACCAGUAAGAAAGGAUUCAAGAUCCGUUACUCAGCUCCGUAUUGCAGUUUAAAUCCUAUCUUGAGGAAUGGUGGAAUUGUAAAUAAAACAGGUGGUCCUGCUGGAAGUAAAGUUCAUUACUACUGCAAACCUGGGUACAGAAUGAUUGGUCAAAAUAAUGCAACAUGUAGACGUCGCCAAAAUGGCAUGUAUCAAUGGGAUUCUCCUGUGCCAAUCUGCCGGGCUGUAUCUUGUGGUAUUCCUGAAUCUCCUGGGAAUGGUUCAGUUAUAGGUAAUGAAUUCACUUUGGGCAGUAGAUUGAUAUAUGAAUGUAAUGAGGGCUUCAAGUUAGAAUCUAGUCAACAAGCAACAGCAGUAUGUCAAGAAGAUGGAUUAUGGAGCAACAAAGGGAGGCCACCUGUCUGCAAAUCCGUAACUUGUCCAAGCAUAGAGACUCUGCUUUCAGAACAUGUUGUCUGGAGACUGAUUUCUGGGUCACUGAAUGAGUAUGGAGCUCAAGUCAUGCUCAGCUGCAGUCCUGGAUAUUAUUUAUUGGGUCAAAGACUCAUACAGUGCAGGUCUAAUGGAACCUGGAGUGUAGGCAAUGAAAGGCCGAGUUGUAAGGUUAUCUCCUGUGGAGGUCUUCCAUCUCCACCAAAUGGAAAUAAGAUUGGAACCUUAACAGUGUAUGGAGCCACUGCGAUAUUCACCUGUAACACAGGAUACACAUUAGUUGGUUCUCACGUGAGAGAAUGCUUGGCAAAUGGUCUCUGGAGUGGUACUGAAACCCAAUGUCUAGCUGGUCACUGUGGUUCUCCGGAUCCAAUUGUAAAUGGUCAUAUUAGUGGAGAUGGAUUCAGUUAUCGUGAUACUGUAGUCUAUCAGUGUAAUCCUGGCUUUCGACUUGUUGGUACCUCUGUCAGAAUUUGCCUACAGGAUCAUAAAUGGUCUGGACAAACUCCUGUUUGUGUCCCAAUCACAUGUGGACAUCCUGGGAAUCCAGCUCAUGGAAUGACUAAUGGCAGCGAGUUCAAUUUAAAUGAUGUUGUAAAUUUUACUUGCAACACUGGGUACUUACUUCAGGGUGCUUCUCGAGCACAGUGCCGAAGCAAUGGGCAAUGGAGUAGCCCUCUACCAAACUGCCGAGUGGUGAAUUGUUCUGAUCCUGGUUUUGUGGAAAAUGCUAUUCGGCAUGGCCAGCAGAAUUAUCCUGAAAGUUUCAAGUACGGAACAAGUGUGGCAUACCAUUGCAAGAAGGGCUUUUAUCUGUUGGGCUCAUCUGCUUUGACCUGUAAUGCUAAUGGUUUAUGGGACAGAUCACUACCAAAGUGUUUGUCCAUUUCUUGUGGACAUCCUGGGGUACCUGCCAAUGCAGUUCUUUCAGGAGACAAAUUUACAUAUGGCUCCAUAAUUCACUAUUCUUGUACAGCGGGUCGAAGGCUCAUAGGAAAUUCUACAAGGGAGUGCCAAGAAGAUAGCCACUGGAGUGGGACUCUCCCUCACUGUUCAGGAAAUAAUCCUGGCUAUUGUGAUGAUCCAGGAAUACCAGCUCAUGGGUCUAGACUAGGGGAUGAGUUCAAAAUAAAAAGUCUGCUACGUUUCUCCUGUGAAAUGGGUUAUCAGCUGAGAGGAUCUGCAGAACGAACAUGCCUGCUUAAUAGUUCUUGGUCAGGUAUACAGCCUGUGUGUGAAGCUGUAUCUUGUGGGAACCCUGGCACUCCAGCCAAUGGUAUGAUAAUAUACAGUGAUGGAAUAUUAUUCUCCAGCUCGGUCAUUUAUGCCUGCUGGGAAGGUUACAAAACUUCAGGGCUAACUACUCGACAUUGUACUGCUAAUGGAACAUGGACUGGCACUGCUCCAGACUGCACAGUGAUCAGCUGUGGAGAUCCAGGUGCAUUAGCAAAUGGCAUCCAGUUUGGAAAUGAUUUCACCUUUAAUAAGACAGUCAGCUAUCAAUGUAAUCCAGGAUAUUUGAUGGAGCCUUCUGGUUCAUCUACCCUGCGUUGUAUAAAGGACAGCACUUGGAACCAGAGUAAACCCAUUUGCAAAGCUAUCACCUGUGGUCCCCCUCCACCAGUACUCUAUGGGAAAGUGGAAGGAUCUGAUUAUCGCUGGGGUGCCAGUGUGAGUUACAGCUGUGCAGAAGGCUAUCAGCUAUCUAACACAGCUAUUCUCUCCUGUGAGGGUCGAGGAAUAUGGCGGGGAGACAUCCCACAAUGCUUGCCGGUGUUUUGUGGUGAUCCUGGUACUCCAGCAGAAGGACGCCUCAAUGGAAAAAGUUUCACCUACAGAUCUGAAGUUAGCUUUCAGUGCAGACCCCCUUUUAUUCUGAUAGGCUCUUCAAGAAGAUUCUGCCAAGCAGAUGGUACUUGGAGUGGAAUACAACCAACAUGCAUUGAUCCAGCUCACAAUGCAUGUACAGACCCUGGCACUCCACAUUUUGGAAUACAGAACAGUUCCAGAGGUUAUGAGGUUGGAAGCACAGUCUUUUUCAGAUGCAGGAAAGGUUAUCAUAUUCAGGGAUCUACCACCCGUUCUUGUCUUGCUAACUUAACUUGGAGUGGCAUACAGUCUGAAUGUAUUCCUCAUGCUUGUAGGCAGCCAGAGACACCGGCACAUGUAGAUGUGAAAGCAAUAGAUCUUCCUACUUUAGGAUAUACUUUGGUGUAUACCUGUCAGCCAGGAUUUUUUCUUGCUGGUGGAUCAGAACAUCGGACAUGUAAACCAGAUAUGAAAUGGACAGGAAAAUCUCCUAUUUGUAAAAGUAAAGGAGUCAGAGAAGUUAAUGAAACAAUAACUAAAACUCCAGUUCCUUCAGAUGUAUUUUUUAUAAAUUCACUGUGGAAAGGGUUUUAUGAAUAUUUAGGAAAAAGACAGCCUGCUACUCUGACUGUUGAUUGGUUCAAUACUACAAGCAGCAAAGUAAAUGCUACAUUCACUGAAGCAUCCAACAUACAACUCAAACUAUCAGGUGUUUACAAGAAAGAAGAAGCCCAUUUGCUAUUGAAAAUUUUUCAGAUUAAAGGACCUAGUGAUAUUUUUGUAAGCAAGUUUGAAAAUGACAACUGGGCGCUAGACGGUUAUGUGUCAUCAGGGCUUGAAAGAGGUGUUUUCACCUAUCAAGGUGACAUACAUGGAAAAGACUUUGGAAAAUUUAUGCUCCAAAGACAAGGUCCCUUAAGUGCAGACACAGACCUUUCAAAUCACUACUAUGGUACAAAUAGCAGUUCUGUCGCAGCUGCCAUCCUGGUCCCAUUCUUCGCUCUAAUAUUAUCAGGGUUUGCAUUUUACCUCUACAAACACAGAACAAGACCAAAAGUACAGUACAAUGGGUAUGCUGGACAUGAAAACAGCAAUGGACAGGCUUCAUUUGAAAAUCCUAUGUAUGACACAAACUUAAAACCCACAGAGGCAAAGGCUGUGAGGUUUGAUACGACUCUGAACACAGUUUGUACAGUGGUAUAG